AUGUUCGGUAGCCACAGAGACUGGCGAGCAGCCAAAAGCACGAAAGGGCAAUUGGACCCCAGGGGCGGAGCGCUGCGCAUGGGGCCCAACCGCCUGACCAUCGCAGCCUAUCGCGCCCUGCUGCGCCAAGCCGGCACCGCCAAGCGCGACAGGAUCCGCACGACGGUCCUGGAGCCCGUGGAGAAGGGGCGGCAUGCCUGGGGCAGACAUCGGUGGACGCACGUGGGCAAAGAGCACCGCAGAUCAUUGCUGGAGGCCUUGCUGCCUGGCCUCAAUGGGGUCCCUGAAGCGGCAACCUUUUCAUCUGAAGAGCUGAAGCAGUGCAUCAGGUUGAACUUCAGGCGGGAUCUGGACGCUGAGCGCUCCCCUGAGGCCAUGACAAAACAGGCGAUGGCGUCCAUGCGCAUCCUUGGGGAGCAGUUGCAUCUGAACAAGUGUUCCAGCUCGGCGAACACCAGAGGCGUGCAGGUGGAUGUCACCUCAGCCUCCAGUGGUUCGAAAGUUAGUCCGUGGAAUCCUGGCGAACGUGUGUAUGACUUCUCUUACAGAAUUCGCCUUGCCAACCGUGGCACUGAGAAAGUGCAGCUCAUCGGAAGGCACUGGAUCAUGCAGGAGGCUGGACAUGCUCCAGUGGUGCUGGUUCCAAAGAAGUCGCCAGGGGUGGUUGGUCAGCUGCCUGUCCUGCUGCCAGGGGCGGACAAGUGCUUCGAGUAUGUGAGCGGAGUUCAGUCAUCCUCCCCCAGGGCGCAGAUGUGGGGCAGCUUUCAGGUGCGGCAUUCCGCCCACAAAGAGGCUCCCAAACAGCACAUAGCUUCUUUUGGGCAAAAGGAACAGGCAAACCACUGCACUCAAACCUUAGGGCGGCGACGUGCACCACUCCAUGUGCUUUGUGUGUUGAGUACUGUUUUCUUAAUUGUUUUUCAUUUUUUUGUCUCUAUGGCUUAA